CCCGGCCGGCUUCCCCCACGAUUCUGCAGAUACGAGAGCUAGCUAGCGAUCGAGCACCCGGUCUCUCCCUCCAAGCAAGCAAAUAGUUAGCCAGCCAGCCUAGCUAGCUUGCUUCUGAUUCAGGCCGGCCUGUUGCAGCGAGAGCUCGAAUCAGUCGGCCGGCCAUGGGGGUGUUGGACAGCCUCUCCGACAUGUGCAGCCUGACAGAGACCAAGGAAGCGCUCAAGCUCAGGAAGAAGCGGCCACUGCAGACGGUGAACAUAAAGGUGAAGAUGGACUGCGAGGGGUGCGAGAGGAGGGUGAAGAACGCGGUGAGGUCGAUGCGAGGGGUGACGAGCGUGGCGGUGAACCCGAAGCAGAGCCGGUGCACGGUGACGGGUUACGUGGAGGCGAGCAAGGUGCUGGAGCGGGUGAGGAGCACGGGGAAGGCGGCGGAGAUGUGGCCCUACGUCCCCUACACCAUGGCCACCUACCCCUACGUCGGCGGCGCCUACGACAAGAAGGCCCCCGCCGGCUUCGUCCGCGCCGCCCCGCAGGCCAUGGCCGACCCCUCCGCCCCCGAGGUCCGCUACAUGACCAUGUUCAGCGACGACAACGUCAACUCCUGCUCCAUCAUGUAAAUCAAUCAAUCAAUCAAUAUAUACAGCUCGCUCCGGCGACAUGCUUGCUUGAUGAUAGAUCAUAGAUGAGGUAUCUAGCUAGCUAGCUGCGUACUGUGUAUUCUAUGGCUUAUGUGUUAUGUUAGUAGUGCGUGCUUUGUUUUGGAUUAUUAUUGCUGAAAUGGUUGCAGAAAGAGACUGAAGGCUGCCCUGGCUAGCUACGUGUUUUGUACUGUAAUUACGUGUAAGAACUAGAAACGACACGUCUGUCUGUCUUCGAA